GAGAAAAAUGUAAUUUUUUAUUUAAUAGAUUUACCACUGGAGAUGAAAACAACUUUUUAGAAGGCUUGGUUAUGUAAAUUUUUGUUCAUAAGAAAGAUACUUGGAUUUACCUUGACACUUUCAAUUAGGCUGCUUCUUUGAGUGCCCCUCAUUCAUAUGUAUUUGUAGUUUGAGACUGUAUAUAUGUAGACUUACAUUCAGUCAUCUAAACCCUUAUUUAAUGAGGAAAAUCAUAUAUAUCUGUAAGAGUAAGCAAAUACCUAUUUUAACAUAACUGUAUUUUUUAGGAAUGCUGAUAGUGUAAUUUGUACACCAAAAUUAAUAAAUUCUGUUCUUGGUUAUGCAAAACUUAGCUGAGCCUAGAAUAGGUUGAUAUUACAGAAGGCAGAUGUAGAAAAAGACUGCUGUGAGAACAGAACUGUUGUCUGAGUUUCAGAAAUGAAAAUAAGAAUCUGUGAAAAACUGGGACUUUUAAGUAAAAAAGAAAUGGUAAUGUAGAACAUACUUAGGAUACAAACAUUGUAUUGUUGGAAGUUCUGGUAAUGCAAAUAAAAUUUAUGUGCACUUGUGAUCUGUUAGUUGCUUUGGAGUGCUGAAGAGUAUGAAUCAAAAUAAAAGUGUUUUAAGGCCACAUACACUGAGAAAUAAACUGGGCAGUUGAACUCCUGCAUGAUCUAUUAUAAAGAGAUUUAAUUUGCCUUUGAAAUUAGAUUAUUAUAUUUGCCUUCUUAGAUAAACACUCAGGUCUUCUGAAGCAUAAAAAACUUGAUGUGAUCAAGAAGUAGCAGUUGCUUUGCAUGUUUUCCCUCUUGGAUGAUGAAACUCUAGGAAGGAUUCAAACUUACUAUAUUAUGUACUUUUUCUCUUUGAAAGAAAUGUAGCAAAUGUGGGAUCUGUAGUUCAGUAUUUUGAAAGGCAAACAGACAGGGCAAGGAUGUGGCAGUGGUUUUUGAUGGCUUGAAUAUUGAUCCUGCUGAAGAUCUUAUUUAAGUGCAUUGUUACUUCUCGUAUAUCCUGUAUGUUUCUUAUUUUAUUAUUGCGGAGACAGCAGUCCUCCCAUGUGAAGCUGAAAAAGACCAUCCUUUUUUCUUGCAUUAGUUCACAUCUGCUACAAAAUAUUGGUAUUUUUUAGGAAAAAGGAUGUUGUUUCAGAGGAUUUGCAUAUUCUUUUUACAGUGCUUCCAAGAUUUGCAGUGUGGAUUUCAGAUUUUCUACUGAUAAGUAUUUCUAAAGGACUUUUGUUGGUUGGAAUCCUGUAAUACAUUUGUCCUGCAGAAAAAAUAUUUGUAACAUUGAAAUGAUCAUUGGAAAGUGAAUGUGACUGUUCUUCAUCUCAGUCGAAGACUGUAGUAGGUGACUUGCACACUUGAGUAUGAACAUUGUCAUGACAACACUUUGAAACAUGAAAGCUUACAUAUAAUUACAGUGGUGUUUCUGCUGCUGCUGCAGGAUCAGGUAUUUGAGAAAGAAUGUGAGCAUUAUGGUGAAGAAGAGAUAUUGCCAUCGACAUUAUAACACUGUCGUAGAAUUUCUCUAAAGACUAGGAAAUACCAGCAGUGGUGUCGUGCAUUUUGGAAAUACGUUUUACUACAAAUACCACCAAGGCUUUGCAAACAGAUUGAACAUGCUGCUGUUGACUGCUUACUGACAGUAACCAGCUGGGCACUUCACUCAUGAUGUUUUCAUUCUCACAUUGUCCAGUUGGAAUUUGCUUAUACUGAUUUUUAAAAAGAGGAAUAAAUCAAAGUGGAGUACCGUAAACUUGACAUGGAAAAUAAAAAGAAGGACAGAGAUAAACCAGAUGAAAGAAUGGCACGGCCUAGUGGGAGAUCAGGCCAUAAUUCACGUGGAACUGGUUCUUCAAAUUCUGGAGUGUUAAUGGUUGGCCCUAACUUCAGAGUUGGUAAAAAAAUUGGAUGUGGUAAUUUUGGAGAACUGCGAUUAGGAAAAAAUUUAUACACAAAUGACUAUGUGGCAAUUAAGCUGGAGCCAAUGAAGUCGAGAGCACCACAGCUACAUUUGGAAUACAGAUUCUACAAGCAGCUAGGAUCUGGAGAUGGAAUACCUCAGGUUUAUUAUUUUGGCCCAUGUGGCAAAUAUAAUGCUAUGGUGCUAGAACUACUUGGACCUAGUCUGGAAGAUUUAUUUGACUUGUGUGGUAGGACAUUUUCUCUUAAAACCGUUCUUAUGAUAGCCAUACAGUUGAUUGCUCGUAUGGAGUAUGUCCAUUCAAAGAACUUGAUAUACAGAGAUGUAAAACCUGAGAACUUCUUAAUAGGACGACCUGGAAACAAAACUCAACAAAUUAUUCACAUUAUAGACUUUGGUUUGGCAAAGGAAUACGUAGAUCCAGAAACAAAGAAGCACAUACCAUAUCGGGAACACAAGAGUCUUACAGGAACUGCUAGAUACAUGAGUAUAAAUACACAUUUAGGAAAAGAGCAAAGUAGAAGAGAUGAUUUGGAAGCUUUGGGUCAUAUGUUUAUGUAUUUUCUCAGAGGAAGUCUUCCAUGGCAAGGUUUAAAGGCAGAUACAUUAAAAGAACGUUACCAGAAAAUUGGAGACACUAAAAGAGCAACUCCUAUAGAAGUAUUGUGUGAAAACUUCCCAGAGGAAAUGGCUACUUACCUACGUUAUGUAAGAAGGUUAGAUUUUUUUGAAAAGCCAGACUACGACUACUUAAGAAAGCUCUUCACAGACUUACUGGAUCGGAAAGGCUAUGUGUUUGAUUAUGAAUACGACUGGAUUGGCAAACAGUUGCCUACUCCAGUGGGUUCAAUACAUUCAGACCCUGCAAUGUCUUCAAACAGAGAAGCAUAUCAGCACAGAGACAGAAUGCAGCAAUCCAAAAAUCAGUCAAUAGACCAUAGGGCAGCUUGGGACUCACAGCAAACCAAUCCACAUCAUUUGAGGGCUCACCUGGCAUCUGACAGACAUGGUGGCUCUGUACAGGUAGUAAGCUCAACAAAUGGAGAACUGAACACGGAUGACCCAACUGCAGGCCGUUCAAAUGCACCCAUUACAGCUCCUGCAGAAGUAGAAGUAAUGGAUGAAACGAAUUAUGUAACUCUCAGAGCAGUUCUGGUCUGCCUCUGCCCACUGCUACUUUUUCAGUGACUGAGCAACAGGGUGCCUUGGAUAUUUUGAGAAGGUGCUGCUGCUUAUUCAAGCGGAGGAAAAGGAAAACCAUCCAGCGCAACAAAUGACUAGAACCAAACAGAACAUGGGAAAAUGCUUAUUUGUUCAACUGUUGUCUUGUGAUCUUAAAAAAACCCCAACAACAAAACCCAAAACAAAAACCUCCAUAAUAAACUCAUUUUCCGAGGACUCCCUGAGAAACAAUAUCAUGCCUCUGUGCUUUGAUUUGGUUCUUCUGCAUCCAUUUUCUGUUUCUUUAAUUCAUCUGUUCUGAAAGCUUUAAGAUAUUGUCAAAUAGGAGUGCUUCUUUGACCAUCAGCAUAUGGACCAAUGAAAUUAUAGGAAAUGAGCAGUAUCUUGAGUAAAACUCAACUUAAGAAGUAUUUCUUCUUUUGUAGGAAGUAGUAGCAAUGUCUUAGAUGAAGACGGAUGUCAUAAAUCAGUUAUUUGAGUUUGUAGCAGUGUAUCUAAAGCAAUUUUCUUCAAAAAUGAAGAAGAAAAAUACAGGUACACAAACAUAUUGUGAAAUAAUAAAAUCUUAAGAUUUAUUUUAUGACACUUGCAUUGUCUUUCUUCUUUUGCCCUCAGUAUUACUAGUUAGUCAAGUUGUUAGCCUAGUCAAAUUGUCACUGUCUGGAGAUAUUGGGGAUGCUGGUUUAGCUGUUGACAGUUGUCAAAAUGCUGGUGCUAUUAACAGAAGGGAUUUCUAGUAUCCUCUCAGUUUGAAAACCUGCUUUUAUUUUGCUGACAAUGAAAAUUGCAAUACAGUAGAAAUUUAAGAGUGUGCAAAGAAUACAAAUGUUUGUAUAAUAUAAGUUGUACCUCUGGUAAUUUUAACAAGACUGAAUUACCUUCAAAAGAGUUCUACAGAGCACAUCUGGUAUUGAAUCUGGCUAAAGUGGAAUAAACAUUAAAGCCUGUAUGUUCACUAGGGUAGUUGAUGAUUGACAGUAUCUUUAGCUUGAAAAUAUGGACGUGCCAUGUAAAGUUAGAGGUGUAUUAUUUUGCUCUUUAAUUUAGAAAAGAAACGCAAUGGAAGUGAAUUAGACUUCUGCCUUCACUGCAUACUAGCUCAGAGCAUCCCAAAUUUCCUGCCUUUUUUUCCCCUGGAGUUUUCUUGUCUUGCAGUGUAAGUUCCCUAGUAUCAUAGGAUGGCAAGGAUAUAUCAGAUGCUUCUUUACAGUCUGAUUAAGUGCUUGCAAUAUGAACAAACCAAUAGUUCUGUAGGCAAGGCAGCUCAUUUUAUAUUUUCUUCUUCAGA